GCCGGUCUCCAGCAAUUCAGAAGAAACUUGGAGGCCAAGAUCGAGGCCAAUAGAACCGCAUCACUUCACGCCACCUGUUGGUUGCAUACAAUUGUACAGCCCAUGUAGAUCAUAGGCUCAGCCUCAGCACCUCGCGGGAUGUCAUCCCCAUAUAUACCAUCAGUUCAGCAACUAGAACCCCUUGAUUCUUUGAUUCUUCCCCAAUAAUACAAUCGGCAUAGCGGCAAGACACAAGAUGUCCGACCAUCCAGCCACUGCAUCCCUCCUGACCACGCUCGGCCUCCGCGCGACUCCCUCCUCACCCACCCCCAACCACGCAGCAGGUUAUAUCAUCGGCAACUGGUUCCUCGCCCACGGAAUACUCAACCCCCGAGCAGCCAUACGACGACUCGGGCAAGACCACAAUAAUGCUCCACGCGAGAAUCUGCUCAAAUACGGCGAAGCAGCCGUGCAAGCCGGCAAGAUCACCCGAGGCCAACUGAACCGACUCAAACGGCGGGAAGCUGCCUACGAGAAUGUCAUCGAGGGGUUUCCGCUAUUUAUCGCCGGGGUCCUUCUCGCCCUUCACGCAGGUGUCCCGACCGAGAUAAUCAACUGGAUUGGGUUGUGGUUCUCGGUGAUGCGGGUGGCAUAUGCAACCGCGGCCGUGGCGAUUGAAUCGGAACCACUGAACUUUGUGCCGUCGCUGCUGUGGUGGUUGGGCAACGUGAGUUGCCUCACAGCGUUGAUGUUGGCAGGGAAGAGGCUGUGAUUUUUCUUCCUCUUCUUGAGCUGAACAAGCUCUUUUGGGAAAGCUUCGCGAGUGGAAU